AUGGUUCACACAACGUUUCUCGUGCUCGCAGUAAGUGCCUCAUGUGCCGUGGCUCAAGACAGUGACAGUCUUAUGUCGGUCGGUACCAAUGGAGUUACCGUGCAAGCCGAGGGAGGUACAACUUCGUUCAUGAACACGGAAUACAAUCCGGAUAGAUGCGUCUUGCAAUUUCUCAGUCUUGAAUGUGAUGACAAUUGCGCCAAUCUCAACGGCUAUGAACUUGAGUGUGUGACUCAAGGCAAGCAAAAUGGAAAGGAUAAGAAGUUGUGCCAAUGCAAGGCUGAAGAUACUGAAAAGUGUCAAAAUUCGGUUAGUCCGAAUGUUACGUCCGGCACAGUGCCGCAGUUUGGCGAAUGUAGCGACCAGAAUCAAUGCGCUGAUGUAUACGGAUACAUUGCUACGUCGACUGAAGAAGGCCCUAUUUGUGCCGAGAAAAUUCACUGCGUCAAAGAGAUUAAUACGACAGCUACCCAACCCGCCUCAAUCUGCCACACUUGUAUGUCCUGUAUCGCUCAAAACGACGCUGCUGAUAAACAACUUGCAGAUGUUAAACGUUUUAAUUGCUCGGCCAUCUGCCCUCAGGAGAUUCUGGCUACCGUGGCUGAGCGUAACGCCGCCGGUGUUGGUAUUGCCGAUUCUUACAAUUUGACUGAGGCGGGUUCUGACGAUUCCGAGUCCAACUCGAAUGCGUCGUCAACGCCUGCAAGCAGUGACAAUGACACUAACCAGGAUACCAGUAGUGCGACAUCUCCCGUUCAGAUUAGUGCGGUCUCGAUUAUCUCUGCAAUUGUAGGUUUUGCCCUACUUGGUGCUAUGAUCUAG